AUGCACAACAACAGCGCAGCAACUAGACCGCGUUCACCAUCCACAGCAGCACAGCAGCGAGUACACAGCUGCUGUCCUGUGUCUCGCGUGCACCGCGCAAACUCCCUCGCAUGCUGCUACUGGGCCUGUUGUUGGUGGUAGCCUGGGUCCGUGUGGGCACCAUGUCAUCGUCAGAAACGGGUGCCGUCAACGUGCCUGCUGCGUUCAGCGUCGCGUUGGCGGCUUUCAAUCAACAGCAGCAGCGCACGCUCGUGGCAUGGGAUCUUGUACUCGACGAUCUAGAUGAGCUCGAUCCCGACUCCGAAGAAGAGGAGGAGGACAACCGUGAGAUCAAGAGGCGACGCGUAUACCCUCGUAAGGAUUACAAUAUCUCUGGCUGGGCGAUUCAGCUGCAGGAGCUCAAGGAUCUUGAGGUGGAUGGAAUUGUCGGCCCCACGAGCAGGCCUGCUCGCCGCUUCCGCGAGAGCUUUCGUCUCCCUUACCCUUUCUUCGUGGAGCUGGUGGCCCUGGUGAAGCAGAGGGAUUGGUUCCCGACUGGGAAGCAAGAUGCGUCCGGACGUCGGGGUAUCCCCGUGCAAUUAAAGGUGAACAUUUAG